AAACAUCACCACCAGCUCCUCUCUCAGCUUCUUAUAUUGCCUUCUUCAACCUCUCCUCUUCACUUUCUCCAUCGUCUCCUCCAGUCUUGCAUGGCAGUGAGCUUCUUGAGGCACGAGGUAUCCGACCUCUGUCUAGCCAAGCCGGCUCUGAGGUCCCUCUCCAUCUCCGCCACCGUCGCCCAUGCCUUAGAGGCCCUCAAAACCUCUGAAGAGAACUUCCUCAGCGUCUGGGAUUGCAACCACCACUCCAACACUACCCUCGCCGGCGAUCAGUGCCGCUGUGUUGGGAAGGUCUGCAUGGUCGAUGUGAUAUGCUACCUUUCUCAAGAUGCUAACCUCUUGUCUCCCUCCGCUGCUCUCAAAGCACCCGUCUCUGAAAUCAUGACAGAGACUGCAGGAACUGUUAUGCAUGUUGAGCCUUCUUGCAGCUUACUAAAAGCCAUUGAUUUAAUGCUCCAAGGAAUCCAGAACCUGGUGGUACCAAUCCAAACCAGACAAAGCCUCAGUUCAAGAAGAAAGCAACACCCAAAACUCAUCAACAGCAACACAAGCACCAUCCACAACGGCCAAGAGUUCUGCUGGCUCACACAGGAAGACGUAGUCCGGUUCCUCCUCAACUCAAUCGGGGUCUUCUCACCCCUUCCUGCUCUCUCCAUCGACUCACUCGGCCUCAUCAACACUGUUGACAUCUUGGCCAUCAACUACCACUCUCCAGCGAGCUCCGCCGUCCAGCUCAUAACUCAGUCGCUGACGCAACAAACUUCAGUGGCUGUUGUUGACGUUGAUGGGGUGUUGAUCGGCGAGAUCUCACCUUUUACACUUUCCAGCUGUGACGAGUCGGUGGCUGCAGCCAUAGCCACUCUAUCAUGUGGAGAGCUCAUGGCCUACAUUGACUGUGGAGGACCCCCUGAGUACUUGAUCAAAAUUGUGACUGAGAGACUCAAAGAGAGGAAGUUACAAGGAGCUUUGGAGAGUUACUCAUCAAGUACUUCAAGUUCCAGUUCAACAAUGUUUUCUUCUUCUUCAUCAUCAGAUGAGGAGUCCUCUGUGUCUCCAAGUAGUACCAGAAUGGUGAGGUCUGGGAGGUUCAGCAGGUCAAAUAGCUACUCAGCUAGAAUGGUGAGGAGGGCUGAGGCCAUAGUGUGUCAUCCCAAGAGCUCAUUGGUGGCUGUGAUGAUUCAGGCAAUUGCUCACAGAGUGAAUUAUGUUUGGGUUAUUGAGGAUGAUUGUAGCCUUGUGGGGAUUGUCACAUUUUCUGGGAUGCUAAAGGUUUUCAGGGAACAUUUAGAAACCAUGGGCUAGAAUGUGGAAGAGGGUUUUUGAUCAUGUUUUGAGGUUUGUGUGGAUGUGAAUAGAGGAGAGAAAUCUUAGUGCUCAAAUUAUCAAGUUUGGCUUGUAAUGUUUGGGGACCUGGGAUUUGUAUGAUGCUGUAUGUGAGAAUUGAGAUCUUUUUCUUCUUUUCCA